AGUAUCUAAGUCUUCCAUCCAUUGCAGCCAGCCUAUAAAUACUUAUCAAUACUACCAAGGCAAAACAAUCGCAAUUCUAUUCUCAUCUUCUUUCUCGUAAUGGCAUCUUCUGGCUAUCAAGUAGAGGUGACCAUCUCCUCCGCCCAAGACCUCAAGAACGUCAACUGGCGCUACGGCCCCAAUAGGCCAUACGCUGUCGUCUGGGUCGAUCCUAACGAAAAGCGCUCCUGCAAGGUCGACGAAGACGGUGACACUUGUCCUCACUGGGGCGACAUACUUACCAUCCCUUUACCUGGCCCCGUCGACAGUGAAACCACUCUCUUCGUCGACAUUGUCCAUGCUGGCAAAGAGGAGGAUACCAAGAAACUCAUCGGCUCCGCUCGUCUUAAGCUCAAAGAAGUUCUUGAUGAAGUCAGGCAUGCCCGUACUUUGACUCUCAAGCGACCAUCUGGUAGGCCUCAGGGGAAAGUUGACGUAAAAAACAUAAGAGUCAUUGAACCCCGAUAUCCUCCACGAGAUGCGUAUAACGCACCUCCUUAUGGGUCUCCUGCUCCGCCAUCAUACGGUGGGUAUGUUUUUGUGGCACCAGUGCUACUCUUCUUUUACAUAGUGAAAGAGAAGAAUUUGUGGCCAUGUUUUUGUAUUUCUCCAUUAAAAUGAUCCAUUAAUAAAUUUCUAAGAGUUUCUA